CCAACCUACCUCCUUCCCUCUCCCCUAUAGCAAACCUCAAACCUAAUUAACAUUGCAUAUAUAGAACAAAGUUGAGUGCAUCUUUUAGUUUGUGAAAGAGAGACUAUAGUACAUAUUAUACCACACUCUCUUCAUACACCAUGUCUAACCAAACCCUUUCCAACUCCAAAGAAGAAGAAGAAAAAGAAGCAGCGGCCUAUAAGUUCCUCAAGAUUGUCCCGAACCCCGACGGAUCCCUCACCCGGCUAAACCACAUCCCCGUUUCGCCCCCCAACCCUUCCGAUCCCAAUCUCCCCCUCUCCAAAGAUAUCCCCCUCAACCCCUCCGCCGCCACCUUCAUCCGCCUCUUCCGCCCCCCUCCGCCUCCUUCCUCCUCCUCCCCCUCAGGGGCCAAGCUCCCUCUCAUCAUAUACUUCCACGGAGGCGGCUUCGUGUUCUGCAGCGCCGCCUCCAUCAUCUUCCACGAAUCCUGCAACCGCAUGGCGGUUGAGUUCCCCGCCGUCGUCGCGUCCGUGGAGUACCGCCUGGCCCCGGAGAACCGCCUCCCCGCCGCGUACGAGGACGCGGCGGACGCGCUCGCGUGGGCCCGGGACCAGGCGGUUGGCCCGGAACGGGACCCGUGGGUGGAGGAGCUGGCGGACUUCUCCAGAACUUUCCUGAUGGGGAGCAGUGCAGGAGGUAACAUCGUGUACCACGCCGCAUUGCGCGCCCUUGACGACGACCUCUCGCCCCUGGAGAUCCAAGGGCUGAUAAUUAACCAGCCCUACUUCGGCGGGGUCGAGAGGACGGAAUCGGAAUUGAGACUUGUCAAUGACAAGAUUGUCCCUCUGCAUUCGAACGACCUGAUGUGGUCGCUUGCGCUGCCCGAGGGUGCGGACCGCGACCACGGGUACUCUAACCCGCUCGUUGUGGCCGGGGUGGAGGAGAAGAUCGGACGGCUGCCGAGGAGCCUGGUGAGAGGGUACGCGGGGGACCCACUGGUGGACAGGCAGAAGGAGCUUGCCAAGUUGUUGAGGGAGCACGGGGUUAGCGUGGUGGCGCAGUUCCUGGAGACGGGGCAUCACGGGGUGGAGAUAUUUGAUCCGGCGGCCGCCGACGCUCUGUAUGCCGCCAUCAAGAAUUUCAUCAACGGCGGCGUUGAUCUUCAGGUUGAAGACAGUGGAUUGAUGUCUGCAAUUUAAGGAUAUGCAUAUUGAAUGAGAAAAUAAAAUUAGAAGUGCUACUUAAGUAUGAACAUAUAAUAAAUUUUAUUUAUAAUUUAAUUAAAUAAUAAAGAAUAUAAUCCUAUCACAUUUUAUAAUCAUAUAUUCAUAUCACAGACUCUUUCGUUGAAGAUUCGCAUAGCCUUUUAAAUAAAAUUUCAACGGUGUAGAUUGCUUUGAAAAUAUAACGCUAAACGUUGUCCGUUUCAAAACGUUAUUUCCAAACAGGCCACGUUUUAUUUUUAGGGAAAAAAAUGUUUUUGAAAUACAAAUUUUUUUCCCUAAUUUCACAGAAAUUACAUUUUGUACGUGUGAUGCUAAUCACCCUAGAUCUUUGUGUGUAUGAAACAUUUUGACCAGCCU